GAAAAAGUGACGCAAAGAUUAAGGGAAGAGGUCGUUACGCUUAGCGUAAGCGCAGCGCAGCAGCAUGGUAGCCGAGAGGAGCACAUUGGGUGGUGGAUGUGGUCGCUGUUGUGGAUGGCGAAGAGGGGUAGUAGGUGGGAUGGGGAUGUGGCGGGGGUGGCGGUGAGAGUGGCAGUGGUGGACGGAAAGGCUGGAAGGGGCGGAAAGGUCGAGGAACGGGGAUGGCUGACGUAA